CGCCCCAGCUGCAGGGUUGCCGGCGGCGGGGACAGCUGCGGCUCUCAGUCUCCACCCGGACUCCGCCAUGUUGAGUCUUGUGGGUCGUGUGGCCGCGGCGUCGGCCUCCGGGGCCUUGCGGGGACUCGGCCCCUCAGCGUCCCUCCCGCAAGCUCAGCUCUUACUGCGCGCCGCCCCAGCAGCGGUCCAGCCAGCUCGCGACUAUGCUGCGCAGACCUCGCCGGCGCCCAAGGGAGGCCUGGCCACCGGGCGCAUCGUGGCCGUCAUUGGUGCCGUGGUGGACGUCCAGUUUGAUGAGGGGCUGCCACCUAUCCUGAACGCCCUGGAGGUACAAGGCAGGGACACUCGUCUGGUUUUGGAGGUGGCCCAACAUUUGGGUGAGAGCACAGUACGGACCAUUGCCAUGGAUGGCACAGAAGGCUUGGUUCGAGGCCAGAAAGUCCUGGAUUCCGGGGCCCCCAUCAAAAUCCCUGUUGGUCCUGAGACUUUGGGCCGCAUCAUGAACGUCAUUGGAGAACCUAUUGAUGAGAGGGGCCCCAUCAAGACCAAGCAGUUUGCUGCUAUUCAUGCGGAGGCUCCUGAGUUCAUGGAGAUGAGUGUGGAGCAGGAGAUCCUGGUGACUGGGAUCAAGGUUGUGGACCUGCUCGCUCCGUACGCCAAGGGUGGCAAAAUUGGGCUGUUUGGCGGUGCCGGAGUUGGCAAGACGGUACUGAUCAUGGAGCUGAUCAACAACGUAGCCAAGGCCCAUGGUGGUUACUCGGUGUUUGCUGGUGUUGGAGAGAGGACCCGCGAGGGCAAUGACCUAUACCAUGAGAUGAUUGAGUCUGGUGUCAUCAACUUGAAGGAUGCCACCUCCAAGGUAGCGCUGGUGUAUGGGCAGAUGAAUGAGCCACCAGGUGCUCGGGCCCGGGUUGCUCUGACUGGACUGACUGUGGCCGAAUACUUCAGAGACCAGGAAGGUCAAGAUGUAUUGCUGUUUAUCGAUAAUAUCUUCCGCUUCACCCAGGCUGGCUCGGAGGUGUCUGCCUUAUUGGGUAGAAUCCCUUCUGCUGUGGGUUAUCAGCCUACUCUGGCCACUGACAUGGGCACCAUGCAGGAGCGUAUCACCACCACCAAGAAGGGCUCCAUCACCUCAGUACAGGCCAUCUAUGUGCCGGCUGACGACUUAACGGACCCUGCCCCUGCCACCACCUUUGCCCAUCUUGACGCCACCACUGUCCUGUCCCGUGCUAUUGCCGAACUGGGUAUCUAUCCUGCUGUGGAUCCUCUGGACUCGACCUCCCGCAUCAUGGAUCCUAACAUUGUUGGCAAUGAGCAUUAUGAUGUUGCCCGUGGAGUGCAAAAGAUCCUGCAGGACUACAAGUCCCUCCAGGACAUCAUUGCCAUCUUGGGUAUGGAUGAACUGUCUGAGGAAGACAAGCUGACUGUGUCCCGUGCCCGCAAAAUUCAGCGUUUCCUGUCUCAGCCAUUCCAGGUGGCUGAGGUCUUCACAGGCCACAUGGGGAAGCUGGUCCCCUUGAAGGAGACCAUCAAAGGGUUCCAGCAGAUCCUGGCAGGUGAAUACGACCAUCUCCCAGAGCAGGCCUUCUACAUGGUGGGACCCAUUGAAGAAGCGGUGGCGAAGGCUGACAAGCUGGCUGAAGAGCACUCAUGAGGGGUCUUGGUGGCAGGCUGCAAGCACUUACCCUCUGUACUGUCCCUCUCCUUGCCUCUCAAACGUUUCAGUUGUCUGUGUCAGCCAUGCAAGAGCCUUGAUUGGAAUCAUUCUGUUCUGUUUGAAGAAUAUUUAAGGUUUACAAUAAAAUGUAACCCCUCA